AACAGCUGUUUGCCAACCUCCAUAAAACUCAAGAAGACGAACACGAAGAAACGACAACAGAAAUUCCUGAAACCUAACGAGGAUUAUAUACUUAAACAUGGCGUCGUGCGUGAAAGAUAGUAUCUCUGACAACCAUUUUGAAUUAACUAUAGAAGUUCCUUUUCCUUCACAGAGGGAAGUGUCCAUUGCACUCCAGUCCUUGUCGCCUGAUCGUGAGCCAGGGACAGGGGGCACCAUAAAAACUCUGAGUGCCUCAGUUAGUGCACUAUCUGUAAAAUGGAAUGCUGUUGAGGCUCGCAGUCUUCGUGUAUCAGUAGGCUCAUUUUUAGAUCACUUGGCACUUGUAAUGGAAACUAUCGAUGCAUUUGGACAACCAGCUCUACAGUACAACUAAUGGAACUUCCUGACAGAAAAUUUGCCCAGAUUACGUUCAUUUAUCUGGGACUCAUUUAAAUCUGUGCUAUUUAAAAAUAUUGUAUUGUUUAUGUAAUAAAAAUCUAAGUACUUUGACCAGUGUUGAAAGUAAAUUGUGGAGGAAAAAACUUAACCUAUUUUUUUUAAAAAUCUGUGGAUGCACUCUACAUUUAAAUUUGGGUUGGUUGAGUAACUACUGGACAGAAUGUAACAUCUAGUUAAUCUAGCCAAGCAAGAUGUGAUUUAAUACACAAUCAGGCAAACAAAUAAAUAACUGAUAUGUGCAUAUAAACACACUUGAGGUUUGAACAUUACAUAAAUAUUUCAUAAUACAUUUCAUCAUAUUUCUUUCUACCCAAGACAAAAAAUAGUAAUAAAUGUUACCAGUUAACAUUAAAAAAGUAACCAGUCUGUGGGGUGAAAGAACAAUUAAAUGUUUGGUAACAUCAGGCAUUUUCUUUCAGAAUUCUAGUUUUUCUAGGAUAAGUGCUAAAUAAUAAUACCCCUACAUUUAAACUAAACUUAAACUAUUAAUGUUAUAUGUACUUGUGCAAAACAGAGACACGAUUUCAGUAUCAAUGUAUGAAGUGACGAAUAGAGUUAAGAUACUGAAUAUAUAGUGGUGCUUGAAAGUUUGUGAACCCUUUAGAUGUUCUACAUAUUUCUACAUAAAUAUGAUAUGAAAAAAAAUCAUCAGAUUGUCAGAAGUCCUAAAAGUAGAC